CUCUCACUCAAUCAUUAGUCACAUUCAGACAAUAAGACUCUGCACCGCACUCUUCUUCCUCUCCUCUUCCUCCAUCGCCAUCUCAUCUUCUCCAUCUCGUUCUACAACAAAGUCGUUUGGUCCAUCGUUCAAUCGAGUCAUACGCAAAUUCAAGACAACCGGCGCCGCCCCCACCAUUCCCACAUACCAGCAACCAUGUUCUUCACAUCAGCCCAACUCUCCGCCGACCCAGAACUCCGCCCCAUAACCUGGUCCUCCCCCCAAGCCUACCAAUCCGAACGCCACUACCUCUACACCCAACUCGCCGAAGCCCUGCAUAUUUCCGCCUCCUCCUCUGCUACCAACAGUGCCACCACCAGUACCUCUGACAUCUCGAACCCUUCCUCCAACCUCCUCUCGCCCAAAUCCAGCAGAUCCGAUCUUGCGUCUACCAAGAAGCGCGACUCUAUGAUUUCUUGCUCCGCUGACACGAUCACCACGCUUGCAAGCAAGAAAUCUGCAUCCAGUUUGCUGAAUGCUUGUUCGAGAAAACUGGUUUCGCCGUUCUUGGCUUCUUCUUCUUCUUCGUCUUCGACGCAGGUGCAGAAGUUCAAACCUGUUACCUUCAACUCUCCACAAACUUCUGUUUUCCGGUUCGAUACUGUUGGACCUACCGCUGCUAGUGCCUCUGCAUCUGCUGCCACUUCCACUGCAUCUGCCACUUCCACUUCCACUUCCACUUCCAUCACUACUACAACAACUCCAAUGCGACCUUCCCCAAAGAAGGUGGACUCGGUAAUGGGCUCGCCAAUCAAAUUCCUAAGCCCAAGUCUCUUCAAACGCAACAACAACAAGAUCAUGCCCUCCGGUGCUGCUGGAAAGAUCAUCAAAAGUUACGCCAUGGUCAAAGAAUCCGACACCUUCAACUAUUUCAAAGGACUUGGUGGUGGAAAGAAAGAUGGUGAGGACUGCGAUGUCAGCAAGAAAGACAUCAUCCACGAGCCCAAGUGUGGAGACAUCACUACCCACAACUCCGAGGAAAAAUCAGAAAAUGGCAAGAGCGGCGAGAAAGCAGAAGAAGCCGCAGAUGCAAACCACACAGACAACGCCAAACCCGCAAAAACACCACUCCCCGUCAACCCCGACAUCAACGAAAAAGGUAUCUUGUACAUCGAGUACUUGGGCCUUGCCGUCGUCGCUGCAUCGCCAAAGUCAAUGGAGGAACAAUAUCUCUUCGUCAAGCAGCAGAUCCAAAAGUCCAGGGAUAUGGGAUUCGAGGGUUCGUGGUCAUGA